CCCACCAGAACUAGUUAAGGGCUCGGCUGAGAGCAGGUCAGUGCUAGGCAGGGGGACAUGUCCCCAGGACAGAUGCUUCUCAGCCACGGUCCAGUCAAGACUGUGGGAUCAAGGGCGAGCCAGCACUGGCUAAUAAGACCUGGCUACACUGCCAAGUCGAAAAGCCCACGGCUUGUGCUUUUCUCUGGCCCAGCCAGCCCUAGGAGAAUACAGAGCACCUGCUGAACCCUGGCUGGCUCACAGUGCCCCACCCCUGGGGAGUGGUACAGCCCAAGGGGGAAGGCAAGGAAAGUCUCACAGGUUCCAGCUCUCUCUCUUUUAUUUUUUUCUUUCUGCUUCCAUGAUUUCACGACCCCCCUCUAGCACCAAGAGAAAACAUCUGGAAAUGUUGCUGGGGGUUGUGAAAUCAUGGAAGCAGAAAGAAAAAAAUAAAAGAGGGAGAGAGGCCAGACACAGCAGGAGCAUCUUUGUCUGGAUGAGUUGGACUCGACUCUAGAAACAGAGUUCCAGCCACAAACCUGAGUCGUUUCCAGCAGGAAGGGCAGAGCGAGACAGCCGGAGGAAUGAAGAGAGACGGCUGGCCAGAGGCGGAGGAUCCUGGCGCCCAGCUCUUAAAAAUGGUCAAGAAUUCCUGCCUCUCUGAAAGUCAGGCCUCGGGUAGUUCAGCUUGGUGGAUGCCAACUCACACCAAAACCAAACCCAGAGCCGCCAGCAAGGAUUAGAAACAGCUCUGCUGAUCUUACUCAACUUCGAGCACUGGGUGAGUCAAACUUUUUCUGAGCUCACUGUUUGUACAACGGAGUCCACACUGAUGGAUUCUUGGCUAUGUGUCUUUCGCUGCUCGGAUUCAAGAGGGGACGUCCUAACGUGCUCCCGAAAACCUGUAGCCAAAUCCCAGACCUCCUGGAGCCAACAGGGAAUGGAGCAAGCCAUCACUCAAUAUACUGAUGGGGGUGAGCUUUGGAGACAUUGGCCACACCGAACUGUGUCUGCGGAACCUAUUUGCCAACACACAGUAGUUAGGCAAAAUCAAAGGCCACAAAUGUCAGAGGAGAAAGUGCCAAGUUGUUGAAGAACCUCCUUCUAUCCCUAAGUGCCAAGAGAAGGUGACGCCAAGACUCCUCCAACCCCAGCCUCCUCUGGCUUGAAAGACUCACUUUUUGGGUAAUCCCCUGUGACAUCAUGGGAACAGAGGUGGUUUCAUUUAAGACCAGAGUAAGUCCAGAGAGCUGCCCAGUACAGAAACCUUCCAAGACAGCUGUCGCCAUCAAAUCUCAGCCGAAGCGGCGAGCUUUUUCGUUUUCUGUCUGGGUCACUGUGGAUGGCGUCCCAGGCCUUGUUGGAGCUGCAGCCCUCUAAUCAAAGCCAGCAGACCCCUCCCAACAUCACCUCCUGCGAGGGUGCUCCAGAAGCCUGGGGCCUCCUGUAUAGGGUGCUACCAGGGUUUGUCAUCACCAUCUGUUUCUUUGGCCUCCUGGGGAACCUCUUAGUCCUGUCCUUCUUUCUCCUGCCUCGGCGGCGGCGGAGGCAGCACCGCUUGACCAUAGCAGAAAUCUACCUGGCUAACCUGGCAGCUUCUGACCUGGUGUUCGUCCUGGGCCUGCCCUUCUGGGCAGAGAACAUUGAGAACCAUUUCAACUGGCCCUUUGGCACUGACCUCUGCCGGGUGGUCAGCGGGAUCAUCAAGGCCAAUCUGUUCAUCAGCAUCUUCCUGGUGGUGGCCAUCAGUCAGGACCGCUACAGGUUGCUGGUAUACCCCAUGGCCAGCCGGGGAUGCCGGCGGCGGCGGCAAGCCAGGGCCACCUGCCUGCUCAUCUGGGUGGCAGGGGCCCUCCUGAGCAUCCCCACCUUCCUUCUGCGGUCUGUCAAAGGUCCCGACCUGAACAUCUCUGCCUGCAUCCUGCUUUUCCCCCAUGAGGCUUGGCAUUUUGCAAGGAUGGUGGAGCUGAACAUUCUGGGUUUCUCCCUCCCAUUGGCCGCCAUCAUCUUCUUCAACUAUCACAUCCUGGCCUCCCUGAGAGGGCAGAAGGAGGCCAGCAGGACCCGGUGUGGGGGUCCCAAGGGCAGCAAGACGACAGGGAUGAUCCUCACCCUGGUGGCCUCCUUCCUGGUCUGCUGGGCCCCCUACCACUUCUUUGCCUUCCUGGAUUUCCUGGUCCAGGUGAAAGCAAUCCAGAGCUGUGCCUGGAAGGAAUUCACGGACCUGGGCCUGCAGCUGGCCAACUUCUUCGCUUUCAUCAACAGCUGCCUGAACCCACUGAUUUACGUCUUUGUGGGCCGGCUUUUAAAGAGCAGGGUCUGGGAACAUUAUAAAUGAUGCACUCCCAGAAGUCUCAAUGCCCGUAUCCCGCAACGGGAAAGAACUCAUCCAGCGGUUCUGACAGAAUAGAAACAGCAGCAAGACAAGAAGUCUGGCUUCUUGACCAACCGUCUGAUACCGUAAAGACCAUCUGGUUGGCUGACCCACGGCCCACAAGGAUGCCCAGGGAAAUGCUGCUAAUAGGGUAGCAGGGACCUUGCAGUUGUAAUGAAGCUAAGGAUCUGGAGAUUAAGCUGAUCCUGAAGUAUUUGGGGCAGGGGGCCAAUGAUCACAGGGGUCCUUUGAAGCAGGGACUUAGGAGGGCUGGAACCUGUGAAGACUGAAGCAGAGGUCAGAGUGACGAGGAAAGGGCCACAAGCAGAGGACUGCAGGCCCCCUUAGAGGCUGGAGAAGAAAGAGCACAGACAGACGUCUUCUCUGCAACCUCCAGAAAGAACCAGCCCAGCCAACAUGCUGACUUUAGCCCUGUCCCCCACGACUGUGAAAGAAGAAAACUGUGAGAGAAUAAAGUUGUGUUCUCAUUUGCA